CAAAAUGCCCGAGUAGCGGCUUGAGCGGUAUUUAUGCUAAUUAGUGGUGAUUACGGACGCUUCGUAAGACCUGUUUGCUGUCCAUCGCAUGCACUUGUUUGCGCGAAGGGUAAUAGAAUUCUUCACGAAGCUAACUAUCUAAAAUGUCGUGUUUUUGUCCAUCGUAUUAUACACAAGAAGCAAGGCGAUCGCGGUAUUUAGACCAAGAAAUAAGAAAGGAUAGCAUGCGAUCUUUAAAUCAGGUGAAAAUAUUACUCCUUGGCGCGGGCGAGACGGGUAAGUCCACUUUCGCAAAACAGAUGAGAAUUAUUUAUGGCGAAGACUUUGACGUCGACGACCUUUUUGAGUUUCGCGAGAUCAUUUACACGAACAUGAUCAAAGCUAUGCAAGUUCUUUGCGACGCCAGGGAGAAGCUGUCCAUUCCUUGGCAAGAUGUAAGAAACGAGGUUUGCGCACAGGAGUUGCUUCAAUGGAAGAUCCCGCGCCGUCUCGAGUCGAUAAUGUUUAAGGACAAAGUAGAAAUCAUCAAGAAGCUGUGGAACGAUUCUGGGAUACAGAAAACGUACUGUCGAAAGAGGGAAUAUCAGUUGCCCGAUUCAACACAUUACUUUAUGGAGAGAUUGAGUGAAAUUAAACAUGAAGACUACCUACCAAGCAAAGAAGACGUUCUACGGGCACGAAAGAUCUCGCGUGGUAUAACAGAAUAUCACACAGAGAUCUCGCACGUUCCAUUUAUGUUCGUGGACGUCGGCGGUCAGCGGCAUUAUAGGCAAAAAUGGGUGACAUGUUUCGAUAACGUGACCGCUGUGCUAUUUUUCGUCGCCGCAAGUGAAUACGACGAAGUUUUAGCAGAAGAUAGACAAACUAAUCGUCUACUGGAGUCGUUGGAGCUUUUUGGUCACGUUGUAAACAGUCUAACAUUUUCAAAAACCCACGUGAUUUUGUUCUUCAAUAAAACAGACCAAUUACGAACAAAGAUAAAUCAGUCAAAUUUUAAACGCUAUUUUCCAUCAUUCAACGGUGACCCACGAGAAGAGAGCGAUGUUAAACGAUUCAUGCGAGCGAUGUUUGAACGAAAACGAAUGGACCAAUCAAAAUCCCUGUUUUAUCAUUUCACCACAGCGAUCGACACAAAUAAUAUCAAAUUCGUUUUCGAAGCUUGCAAACAAAUUAUUCUACAAACAAAUUUAGAAAGUGUGCUAUUGUGAUGUUAGUGUUCUUUCUAAAUUGCUUCGCUGGCAAUGCUAACGUCCACUCUAUUGAUGACUUUUUUAUUGAAUGCAUUCUGAAACGCACGGUAAAUUUUUUUACUUAAAGAUUUUAAUCUGGGGCAUUAAACAAAGUUAGCUGUAGAGGACACUAAGGAGGAUCUUUGGAGCAUUUUAAGAAUCAUUUCGUUCCCCCUCUCCCCAAAUACUUUGUUUGUAAAUACUUUGAAAGUUCAUGCUUCACCAAGCGAGCCAAACAUUGUUGAUCGAACAUAAUCAAACAGUUUUCACUCUGUACUCCAUGUGGGAUGAACAAUAUUGAGAUGGUUUUGUAAAAGCAUUAUUUUGCCAUAGAGAUUCUCAAUAAUUUGGUGGGGGGGGGGGAAGGGUUAGGGUUAGGGUCAUAAUCAUGAAUAACUAUUAAUUAUGAGAGAAAUCAAAAGGCAAAUAUAACAUGCAAAUAUGAAUAUGUCUCUACUACACCCACCCUAAAGUGGGAGAAUAAUCUAACUUCAUACUCAAUAUGUAAAUAAAAGGUGAUCGUUGAAA